UCAUGAAAUUUUUUACAUUUUUUUUAUUAAUUUAUUAUUUCGUUGAAUUAAUUUCAACAUCAAGAGAUUUCCUCAAAACCGAGGAAUAUGGACAAUUUGUGGGAAAAGAAAGGGAGGAACUAUUAGAAAUGUAUAAAAAAUACUUUGGAAAAAAUCAUGAGGAAAUGAAUGAUGAAAUUUUUCAAGAAUUGCAAAUUAGGUCAUUUAAUAAGUAUUUUGUACUUUUUCUUGAAAAUGUUGCUGGGAAAUUUGCGGAAAAUGACGAUAAUGAAGAAACAAUUUUUAUUAAAUUAAUGACUGGAAAUAAUAAGGAAGAUGAAUCAAAGAAAAUAAAAAAUGAAAAUCUUGGAUGGAAUGAUGAAUUUGUGAGUAGUUUUAAAAAAUUGAAUAAAGAUGCCUUGAAUUUAUUGAAAGAGCUUUUUAAAAAUGACAAUUGGUCAUUAGAAAAGAAAUUUUGUGAAAUUUAUAGUUUAGUAGAAUUUGCGGCGAAAAAUGAAGAACUUUCAAAAAACAAUCAUUGGAGUGAUUAUAUAAUCAAGUUUAAUUAUGUAAGUAUAAUUUAUAUAUACCGUGAAUGCUGA